AAGGAAAAGAAUGCUUUGAGAAUCAUCGAUGAGAAGGGGGCAAAGAACAUAAAUGGAUUUGCAGCCAUCUGUUCUUGCUAUAUGUCAGCCUACAGUGUUAGUGAGAACAUCUCUGCAUUAACAACUGAAUUAUAAGUGUGCAUCUCCUUUAUUAUACAAGGUCAGAGCAGGACUAUGGCGGUGGGUCAAAUAAUUGUUUUAUCCGCAUUAUUUGCUCAAGCAUUAUCCGCACCAAGUGGCUGCAUAGAAUCUUGUAACUUGUACCAUUCAUCCUACCAAAGUCGCCAAACGUCCGGUGGUUAUCAAGAUCAUGCUGGUUUAAUUCAAGGAAGCACGAAUUUGAACGAGCGUGAUUAUGCUAAACCAGGGAACUGGACCGAACACAAUCGGUACGACACGGACAAUGGACAUGGCAAGGUCCAUGAAGAACGAGGACAAUAUGUGGAAGGCUCGAAGAGAGUACGGUAUUAUAAAAAGAACUUUACUUCAUCCUACGGUACGGGCAACGUAGGUGAUGCGGGUAUGGAUGGUACAAUAGAAUCAGAUCAAUUAACCGGUCAUCGAAGACACGAGUCGAUAUACGUUCCAAGUAACCUCGAUUCUCAAAGCGCAUACAAUCAGGCAGGAGCAACGUUGGUUACAAAAGAAAGCGGAUAUAACAGAGUACACAGUCAACAGACGCAUUCAUCGUCAAGAAAAACCAACAACCAGAGCGAAAGGUUGGAGGACUUUGGAGAAUACGGCGGCCACUCGCAAGUGAAUCAACACGUCUCCGGAGAUAGCAGCAGCAGCCAAACGAGUGAUACGAGUUACCAUACGGAGAUGAUUCCGCAAAACUGGAGUAGAGUGGACUCUUAUGGAACCGACGGAGGCCACGGGCGCGUCUUUGAAGAGGAAGGUCAAUACGUGACUGGGCCUAAAAAGGUCCGUUAUUUCAAAAAGAAUUACACCUCCAGUUAUAGCACAUCCGGCGUUCCUCAAGUCGAUGUCGGUUCGACAAACCUGCAGGAUUUGCAUCACGAAUUACAGCAAAACUUGCACAAGCAGCUGGACGACUUCAGAAGAGAGUUCCAUCAGACGUCCAACGUCGAUCAUGUGACCUCUAGCGCGCACACGAAUUCUGCUCAGAGUCUGACGCAGGAAACAGUUGGCUCCCGCAGCGAUGAUCUCCAAACUGCCGAAAGUGAUACAUACAGACAACAACUGACUCACCAUCGCGUUCCGUCUACCGGAACUAUGCAUCAUUAUGCCGAUCAACAGCAGAGAGAAAUAUCCACUGAUACCAGACAACACAUACCAUACACGUAUCCCUCCACGAGUGCAGGUACAUACGGUACAGACAGCCAAAGAACUUACCAGAGCCACGAAACUUAUGUGUCUCAAGUACAUCCCACGUCUCAACCGACUCAUUUACCUCACUUGAGUCCAGCGUCUUCUGGCUACCUCCAGAGACCCAUUAUCAGAGACAAUUAUCAGUCAAACUUGCACAACGUACAUUCUAUUGGACAUCAUGCAGUCGACGACACUCAGCGUGCGAUCGCCUCUAGCACCCAUCAGUCCAGCAUAGCGCGGAACCAGCUAUUCGCAGACAACUCUCAACACGUGUACCAUCCAAGCCCAAACCAAGGUACCUAUCCCAGCAGACAAGGUCAAACGACACACUACGAAGAGCACUGGAGUUCCUCCAGCCGCACUGGUGGGAACCUAUAUCCGGAUCGUAGUAUGUCCUACGGUCAUGCGAACAGAGCGCAUUACGACAGAGACGCAUACAACGAGCAUCUCAAUCGUCAUCGCACCGCAGCACAGGGAUAUGAUUCCCACGCGCACACCAGCGGCAACACCUAUAAUUCCGCCUACAGAACGAGCUCGGGACAGUUAGUUACCGGCUCUUUGGAUUUGAGCCAUGUGGCACAGGGUGCUGCCGACUGCAACGAAGAGGUUCAACAAUACCAGCAAGAGAGCAGAUAUCAUAGGAAAUACAAGCGAGACGAUCACCAUGGCUUCGUAGACGAGCAUCAACAUCAAACAACCGAGCACGACGAUCUCACGCAGCAACAUCAGGAGUUCGGCCAAGAAUCGCAGCAAUUGGAAGGUCUGACGCAACAGUCUCAAAGAUUCGGACAACAAACCGUAGGUAGUCAGCACAUGGAAGAUUUAACGCAACAGAGUGAACAAUUCACGCAGCAGACAGAAGGGUCAGACGACUUCACGCAACAGACCAGUGGUAAACUUGAAUUCGGGCAGCAAACUGGAGAUAAUCAACACUUGGAAGAUUUAACACAACAGAGCGAACAAAUAACGCAGCAAACAAGUGGUAAACUGGAAUUUGGACAACAAACCGCGGAUAAUCAACAUCUGAAUAAUCAGCACCUGGAAGAUUUAACGCAACAGAGUGAACAAUUCACGCAGCAGACAGAAGGGUCAGACGACUUCACGCAACAGACCAGUGGUAAACUUGAAUUCGGGCAGCAAACUGGAGAUAAUCAACACUUGGAAGAUUUAACACAACAGAGCGAACAAAUAACGCAGCAAACAAGUGGUAAACUGGAAUUUGGACAACAAACUGCGGAUAAUCAGCAUCUGAGUAGUCAGCACAUGGAAGAUUUAACGCAGCAGAGUGAACAAUUUACGCAACAAACAGAAGGAUCAGAUGACUUCACGCAACAGACCAGUGGUAAACUCGAAUUCGGACAGCAAACUGGAGAUAAUCAACAUUUGGAAGAUUUAACACAACAGAGCGAACAAUUUACGCAACAAACAGAAGGAUCAGAUGACUUCACGCAACAGACCAGUGGUAAACUCGAAUUCGGGCAGCAAACUGUAGGUAAUGAGCACUUGAAAGAUUCAACGCAGCAGACAGAAAGUCAGUUGGAAUUCGGACAACACACCGUUGGUAAUUUGCAUGUGGAGGAUUUAACACAACAAAGUGAGCAAUUCGAGCAACAAACUGCAGGAUCUGACGAUUUCACGCAACAAACGGUUGGUGAGUUUAACUAUGGGCAGACUGAUAGUCAACAACUAAAGCAUUUAACACAAAUUGAACAAUUGUCACAACGAACAGAGAGAUCCGAUGAUGUAGCGCAACAAAGUAGUAAACUUGAAUUCGGACAACAAACUGUUGAUAAUCAGCAUUUGGAGGAUUUAACGCAGCAAACAGAAGACGACUUCACACAACAAACCAGUGGUAAGCUUGAAUUCGGACAACAUACUGUUGGUGACCAACAUUUGGGCGAUUUAACGCAGCAAACUGAACAAUUUGAACAACAGACAGCAGGGUCUGAUCGUUUCGCACAACAGACGAGUAAACUUGAAUUAGGACAGCAAACUGUUGGUCAUCAGCACUCAGAAGAUUUAACACAGCAAAUUAAACAAUUUGGACAACAGACAACAGGAUCAAACGAUUUUACACAACAGACGAGUGAUAAACUUGAAUUUGGACAACAAACUGUUGGAAAUCAUUAUUUGGAAGAUUUAACACAGCAAACUGAACAAUUUGGACAACAGACAACCGGAUCCCACGAUUUCACACAACAAACAAAUAGUAAACUUGAAUUCGGGCAUACUGUACAUAAUCAGCAUCUGAAAGAUUUAACGCAGCAGAGUGAGCAAAUUACGCAGCAAAUGGAUGAUAAACUUGAAUUUGGUCAACAUGUCCAACCAAUAGAUAAAGUCAGCAAACCAAAAAAUCAACAUUUGGAGGAAUUUAAUCAUCAUUUCACUCAACAAACAGAAGGAAGUGAUGAAUUCACGCAACAGACUAUGGGUCAUCUAGAAUUUGCACAACAAAUGCAGCAGCCGCAAAGAUCUGGAAAUCGGCAUUUGGAAGACUUCUCUCAACAGGAUAAAGAUUUAACUCAGCAAGAUGGCGGAUUUGAUUAUUUCACGCAACAAACGACGCGACAUUCGGAACAAGGACAGCAAAGAGAGCAACAAUGGAAACCUGUUAGACCGAGAUAUGAUGAUCAAUACACGGAACAUUCUUCUCAACAAAAUAGGCAAAACAAAGAAUUUGAAUGGCAGUUAGGACAAAUGUUACCGAAUACAGAUUUUAAUCAAGACUUUACUCAACAAACUGAUCACGAUCAACAAACAGUAAUAAGGCCGGCAUCGAAACCGAAACCAAGGCAACGACAUCAAAAACAGGAUUCAAACCCAUCACAUAUAAAUAUUGAUGAUAUUUCUAAACCAAUUGAGAUAAAUCCACAAACUGAUAUAGGUAAUAGAAAUGAAGAUAGAAGAACUGUCCAAUAUGGUAGUGGUGAAACACAUCCUCAAUUCAAUUAUCACAACUCAAGAAUUGUAGAUCAACAGAGCCGAGGAAGCAAUGGAUUCGAUAAUGAAAAAGAAAACAUAGAUCGCCUGCAUUGGGUACAUAAGUCGAAUGACGCUACAGUAGGCUUACAAUGGCAUUAUACUUAUCAUCCAAGUGACUUAACUAAUGUUGAGAGUUCACACAAUACUUAUUACCCCCAAUAUAAUUCCAUGUCGCAACAAACGGAACAGCAGCAAAAACCGUUUGAUUUUAGUCAACAGGAAACGCAAGGCAAGCAUACAUUCGACUUUAAUCAAGAAACACAAAGCACACAUACAUCUGAAACAUCUCCCUUGUAUAGUCAAGUUAAUGAAAGGUCUGUAUAUACUCCAGUAAUUCCACUACAGAACACUGGAAUUUCACAAGAAACAACACAACUGAAUAAACAAUCAAGUCAAGCAGAACCUAAAUUAGAAUCACGGAUUCUGGAAGUAUAUGGUGGAGGACCAUACGAUGCUUUGCGUAAUGAUGAUAUCUAUAGAAGAAUUACACCAAAACCAAGUGCUACCUUGCCACCUAUAUAUGACAGAGAGGCAUGGGACAUUAGAGAGAAACCUAGAGAAAGAGAAAUGAAACCUGUGUCAAUGGAAACUACCUUUUCUCCGAUAAAUAAACUAGAUAUUGAUAAGGUUGAUGAUGUAAGUACUACAAAAAUGAUAGAAACUACAACGCAAGUAAUAGAGACUACAACAAAAGAAGAUACGUCAUCUUUCUGGAGCAGAGUUGGUCAUAAAAUAACAAGCACUUAUGACAAAGCCAAAGAGAAAGCUAAAGAAAUCUUUGGUUAGAUAUAAUUUUCUAUUCUUUUUAUAAAUUACUUAUUUAUAUAAAAUAAACUGUGUGUCAUAUGGAUUUCAAACAUUUUGAAAAAUUGCAUCUAUUUAUGAUUGACAUGUAUGUACUUGCAGUUACCAAUGAAAAUAAAGCAAAUUAACAAUGAAAUACAUAAUCACAAUAUCAUAAGUUCAAGAUUCUAAUUAACAUUCUAACUUAGUAUUAUAGCAUAUUAUUGUAUAAAGAACUAAGACACAAUCCACAUAUUUUAUUUAAAAAUAAAAAUAUCCUUUUCUAAGAGCA